GCGCGGCAAACGAGCUUAUUGAGCAGCAAGUGCUCUCAAGAGUGGAAGAAGUCAUCCGAUUACGGCCCUGAUCUUCACCUUUCCUCUGUGCCUUCUUGUUCGCGAUCACCUGUCUUGGAGAACGUCAAUUGGAAGCGUGAUGUUUGUCUACCUCAGUAAAAAGAUUGCAAUACCCAACAACACCCGGUUGAAUUGCAUCUCAUGGAAUAGAGAUCAGGGAUAUGUAGCAGUGGGUGGAGAUGAUGGUCUGCUGAAGGUGCUGAAACUCGAGGCAGCGACUCAGGGUGGACAAGCACGCGGGGGUCUUGCUGCACCAAGUAAUUUGUCCAUGAAUCAGACCUUGGAUGGACACAAAGCUUCUGUCCAAGUGGUCUGCUGGAAUGAAUCUCAAAAGAAAUUGACCUCAUCGUCAGCUGAUGGGGUCAUAAUGGUCUGGAUGCUGUACAAGGGGUCUUGGUACGAGGAGAUGACUAAUGAUCGUAAAAAGUCAACGGUCAAGGGGAUGGCUUGGACGAAGGAUGGCCAGAAAAUUUGCAUCGUUUACGAGGAUGGAGCUAUAAUUGUGGGUUCUGUGGAUGGCAAUAGGAUCUGGGGAAAAGAACUGAAAGGAACACCAUUAACUGGUGUUCAGUGGAGUCCAGAUGGACGCCUCUUGCUCUUCAGUGUUCGAAAUGGAGAAUUGCAUCUCUAUGAUAAUCAAGGAGCUUUUGUGAUGCGCCUUCAUAUCCAGUGCGUGAAUCUUGGACCCUCCAGAGCUAUAUCAAUAGCUUCCUGUGUCUGGUAUUCUGGAGAAGCACCUGUAAAUAUACCGGUUUUGGCUGUUCUCUAUGAAAAUGGGAAGAUGCAAUUGAUGCGCAAUGAGAAUGAUGACUUGCCCAUUAUAGUGGACACUCAAAUGCAGGCUAUCGCUUGCCAAUGGAAUCAUGAUGGAUCAAUCUUGGCCGUUUGUGGAAUGAAAUCUUCAAUCUCUGACAAAGAAUCAAAUCAAGCCAUGUUCUACUCAGCCUAUGGAGUUCAUCUCCGCACUCUUAAAAUUCCUGGAAGAGAAGUGACGUCAUUGGCAUGGGAAGGAAGAUCGCUUAGGAUUGCUUUUGCCGUAGACUCCUUCAUUUAUUUCGCCAAUAUUCGACCAGAUUACAUGUGGUGCUCCUUCUCACGCACAGUGACCUUCCUUCAAGCGGAAUCUGGCCGAGAUGGAGCUACUUUCACAUUCUGGGAUACUCUUUCAAAUCAGUCAUUCAGUAAGAAAGUCGAUCCACCUUUGAGUAUUGCUGCUUCGGCGGAUCAUUGCGUGAUUGCUGUUGAAGCACCUCAAUUGAGCACCCGCGAUACAAAUGUAUCAGUUGAAAACAAUUUUGCUGAAAAUUCAAUGUUCCAGCUUCUUGUUUGCAACUCCAUGAGUACUACGGUGGAUUCCAGGUACAUUGACCUCUUGCCCCAUUUUGUGGCCAUGAAUAGCAGCCACGUGGUUGUAGCAUCCAAAGAACAGUUCCUUCUCUGGCCAUAUCGAACUCCAAAGGGCGUUUCUGCCCUACCCAGUACCAAGGCACGCAAGGAACGUCGUUUCCAUGUAGAUGAUACGCCUUCCGGUGUCCUUGAUGUGAUCAAUGAUCUUGGAUACGAAGAUCCUGUUACAAAGGCAUCUGGAAAUACCACCACUACAGAUGCAAUAUGUUCCUUGGCAAUGUCUGAUAAGAUUCUCCUGGUGGGCAGAGAAAGUGGCGCAAUUCAGGAGUAUAGUAUUCCAAAUGUGGCCCUCUUGCAUCGAUACAAAGCUCCUGGUCGGGCAUAUAAGAUUGCCGUGAACAGCAAUAGUACUCGAGUGGCAAUAAUUGACUGUACCGGAACUCUCACAACACUGGCUUUAGGUGGUCGAGAGACUCCUGGGGCACAAGUGGAGCGCAAAGAUGUGUGGGCUAUGAGUUGGGCCAGAGACAAUCCCCAACUCUUGGCUAUUAUGGAGAAAACACGAAUGUAUGUCCUCCGUGGAGCUGAUCCUGAGGAACCAAUCUCAUGCUCAGGCUACAUCUGCAAUUUUCAGGAUCUAGAAAUCACCGGAGUACUUUUAGAUGAUAUUGUAAGUGGUAAUGCAAUCCCCAAUAGUGCUGAUCAUCUCCUCCAGCUUCGGGUGAAAUCCUUAAGAGAUACAGAAGAGCUACUCAAUCAUGUGGGUAUUGCUGAAGCUAAGCAAUUUAUCGAAGAUAAUCCCCAUCCUAGACUAUGGCGUCUUCUGGCUGAAGCCUGUCUCAAGAAGCUGGACCUUGAGACAGCCGAAGCAGCCUUUGUGAGAUGCACUAACUACCCUGGAUUGCAGCUAAUUAAACGUCUGACAACUAUUCAGAGUGAAAAUCUGAGAAAAGCUGAAGUUGCAGCAUUUUUUGGGGACUUUGAUGAGGCUGAGAAACUCUAUACAGAUGCUGAUCGGAGAGAUUUAGCCAUCACACUGCGACAGACACUGUGUGAUUGGUUCAGAACAGUGCAACUGUACAGAAUGGGUCCUGGAAUUUCUGACCAACAGAUGGAGCAGGCCUGGAGGGAGAUUGGUCACCAUUUUGCUAAUCUGAGAUCUUGGGAAAAUGCUCGGGAAUACUAUGAAAAAGCCCAUUAUGUAGAGGGCUUGAUGGAGGCUCUAUAUCAACUUGAGUUGUAUGAAGACUUGGAAGCUUGCGUAAAUCGACUUCCUGAAGGAUCUCCGCUUCUUGGUCGCUUGGGUCACAUGCUUUCCUCAGUGGGAAUGUGCGAUGCUGCUGUUGGUGCAUUUUUGCGUCUGGGAGAUGUUAAAUCUGCAGUGAAUUGCUGCGUGGCUUUGCGACAGUGGGGAGCUGCCGUAGAAUUGGCUCAGAAGUACCGAAUGCCUCAAAUUGGAGCACUUUUGGCUAAGCAUGCAGCUCAAUUGCUCCAAGAUGGACGACUACCAGAAGCUGUGGAGCUUCAACGAAAAGCCGGAAGGUAUUUGGAUGCAGCUAGGCUUCUAGUGAGUCUAGCAAGUGACGAAGUGGCACGGAAGGCUGAUUGUCUCCUUAUCAAAAAACUCUACGUACUUGCGGGUCUUUUGACUGAAGAUCAUUUGAGUGUCCAGUGCUCACUUACGGGUAACAGUCGCGCUACAGUCAUGAGCCACCUGGCCCCAGAAGAUGCUCUACUGAUUGAAAAGAUCUGGCAAUUUGCAGAAGGAUACCAUUUCCUCUUACUGGCUAAACGUCAACUAAAAUCCGGAUUGAUUAAAUCUGCUGUUCUAACGUCCCUCCGACUACGCGAUUACGACAAUAUCUUAGAUCCCGAGGAGAUAUACAGUCUCCUAGCCCUGGCAAGUUGUGCCGAUAGAUCGUUUUCCAUUGCAAGUCGAGCUUUUAUUAAACUUGAAGCCCUGGAUCUGCCAGAGACUAAAAGGGCAGAUUUUGAAGAACUUGCAGUUGAAAUUUUCUCGCGAAAUGAACCGAAGGAUUCUCAAUCAGACAAAACGACCUGUUUCACGUGUGAAGCACUUGUUGCGGACACAUGCACAUCCUGCCCACAUUGUGGCACGCGGUUUCCGGCAUGUGUGGCCUCAGGAAAGGCUCUAGUGAAUCCCACGGAAGCCUGGUUGUGCUCUGUAUGUCAUCAUCUAGCCAGUCCAGGCGAUAUCGCCACGAGACGAUCCUGUCCAUUGUGUCAUGGUAUCAUCGGAGCUACAUCUUCGGGGGCGAGAGACAUAAUUGUAGGAUAUGAAAAGUGGCUAGAUCUCAAAGAAAAUGACCAAUACGAAAAGAACCACUAUUAUACUUAGACAUGUAAAAAGAAUCAUAAAAUGUUCUUAUUAAAUGUUUUAAAUUUUAAAUAAAUAAAACAUAGCAUA